GCGAUAACAACGGGUAUUACGCCCUUUCAAAUGUAAAUAAUGCCACUAGAACGCCACAUUUUUUUUACUCACCCCGUUGUUAAUUUUACAGCUCCAGUGUUAGCGUCGUUGUUUGACCCACUGCUUCAAACGCCGCAGAGGACGGUCGAGGGGGGAUACGCCUGAUAGAAAGACUGCAUCAACGACGGGAUGCAUCAUGUGUUUUCUAGAAAAGGAUAUGGCGGCUAGGUACCAUUUCGUCUCGCUACAUUUACUUUACCACUUCUCAAGGACUAUAGAGAGGACUCCAAACCCACCACUGCUGCUGAGCCUCUCGGGAGAUCCAUCCAGGCCUCUUCUACUUCUAUGAGGACGUGUCCAGGAUCCAUCACCACUAGCUGAUCAACACACUGUAGGGGGUGCUAUGUCUGUCUGAACUCACAGCUCUUUUUGCAGCCAUGGCACAACAGAGCGCUGAGCUGUCCCACUGCUAGGCGACAGGGCAUCCGAGAGGGUAGAAGACAUGUUGGGACAGAGGCCCGGGGACCACUGCACUGAAUUCUGUUACUAUAGCAAAUACUGUAGUAACCAUGGAAACGCUAUGGAGGACUGGUCUGGUCUGCACUGUCAUCGCUGUCAUGGUUGCCACCGAGGUCGAAGGAGGUCACAGAGAUGAGUUUGCUCAGUCACAAGCUGCCUUCCUGUCCAGUCUAGGCCAGUAUGAGAUUGCCAUCCCAGUGCGUGUAGGACCUAAUGGUGAGAUGCUGGACGAAGAAACGCCUCAACACCACCAAAGAAGAAGACGCAGCACUGAGGACAGGCUGCCUGACUCUCUCUUCUACCAGCUGUCCACGUCACGUAACAACUUCCUGCUGAACCUAACGCUGCAGGGAGGCCUGCUGUCCCAGCAGUUCAGGGUGGAGUACUGGAAGAGAGGUCGAUUAGCCUGGAGUCAUCCUUACUCUCCCCACUGCCACUAUGUAGGACACCUCCAAGACCAGCCGCACUCCAGCAAAGUGGCCCUGAGCAACUGUAACGGCCUGCAGGGGGUGAUUGUUGCAGGGGGAGAGGAGUACCUGAUUGAACCCCUUGUCUCACCAGAUAACCAGACCAGGACGGAGAGGGGGGAGAGAGCAGAGGGGCGCCCCCAUGUGGUUUACAAGCGGUCAUCACUCCGCCAUCAAUACAAAGGCCAAUCCUGUGGAGUUAUUGACGAGAAGCCAAUGAAAGGCGCAUCAUGGUGGCAGCGAACUCUGAAGACACCUCCCCAUCACGUCGGCCGCGGCCAGCUGCCUCUGAAGCGCUCAGUUAGCCGGGAGCGCUACGUGGAGACGCUGGUGGUAGCUGACAAGAUGAUGGUGGGUUACCAUGGUCGCAGAGACAUCGAGCAGUACAUCCUGGCUGUCAUGAAUAUUGUUGCCAAACUGUUCCAGGAUUCUAGCCUGGGGAAUGCUGUCAACAUCGUGGUGACACGGCUUAUCCUGCUCAUGGAGGACCAGCCAACACUAGAGAUCAACCACCAUGCAGGGAAGUCUUUAGACAGCUUCUGUAAGUGGCAGAAAACCAUCCAGCACCGGAGCAGCUAUGGUAACGCCAUACCAGACAACGGGAUCGCUCACCAUGACACUGCUGUGCUCGUCACCAGGUACGACAUUUGCAUCCAAAAAAACAAGCCCUGUGAAACCCUAGGUCUGGCUCCUGUAGGAGGGAUGUGUGAACCAGAGAGGAGCUGCAGCAUUAAUGAGGACAUUGGCCUGGGAACAGCCUUCACUAUUGCCCACGAGAUAGGACACACGUUUGGGAUGAAUCAUGACGGUAUGGGGAACGCCUGUGGGCCCCGCAGCCAGGAGACCGCCAAGCUGAUGGCUGACCACAUCACCAUGAAGACAAACCCAUUCAUCUGGUCUGCCUGUAGCCGGGAUUACAUCACCAGCUUUCUGGACUCAGGUAUGGGCUCCUGUCUGAACAACGUCCCUCCCAAGCAGGAGUUUGUGUAUCCCACCACAGCACCGGGUCAGGCCUAUGACGCAGACGAACAGUGCCGCUUCCAGUACGGCGUCAGAUCUCGACAAUGUAAAUAUGCGGAAGUCUGCAGUGAACUUUGGUGCAUGAGCAAGAGCAACCGCUGCAUCACCAGCAGCAUUCCUGCUGCAGAGGGAACUAUCUGUCAGACCAACACCAUAGAGAAAGGGUGGUGCUACAAGAGGGUGUGUGUGGCGUAUGGAACUCGUCCUGAGGGCGUGGACGGAGGUUGGGGUCUGUGGUCAGCCUGGGAGGAGUGCAGCAGGACCUGUGGAGGAGGAGUCUCCUCUUCCAUCAGACACUGUGACAGCCCCAGGCCAACUAUCGGUGGAAAGUAUUGUCUGGGGGAGAGAAAGCGCUUCAGGUCCUGCAAUAUUGAUGAGUGUCCUGCAAGCGCUCUGGAUUUCCGGGAGAUUCAGUGCUCUGAUUUUGACAGUGUUCCUUUCCGGGGAAAAUUUUACACAUGGAAGCCAUAUAGAGGGGGUGGGGUGAAGCCCUGUUCUCUCAACUGUCUGGCAGAAGGAUACAACUUCUACACAGAGCGUGCUCCAGCUGUGGUAGACGGCACACCUUGCCGAGACGACUCUCUGGAUGUGUGUGUAAACGGAGAGUGUAAGCAUGUAGGCUGUGAUCGUGUCCUCGGCUCGGACGUUCGUGAGGACCGCUGCCGGAUCUGCGGGGGUGAUGGGAGCAGCUGUGUGUCUGUGGAGGGACUCUUCAAUGACUCACUACCUGAAGGAGGUUAUGAAGAGGUGGUCAGAAUUCCUAAAGGAUCAGUAUUUAUCCACAUACAAGAACUCAACAUCUCCCUCAACUACCUUGUGCUGAAGAGUAAAGGGGACCAGUACUUUAUCAAUGGGAAGCUGACCAUUGACACACCGCGCAGGUUCGAUAUUGCCGGCACCACCUUCCACUACAGGCGGCCCACUGACGGACCAGAAACUCUUGAAGCUCUGGGGCCAACAAACAUAACCCUGAUUGUCAUGGUGCUGGUGAGGGAGGAGAACCCAGGGAUCCACUAUCGUUUUAACCCCCCUAUGAAUAGGGAUCCUCUGACUGGCUUUGCCUGGCACUACACCUCCUGGUCACGCUGUUCAGCUCUCUGUGCUGGAGGUGCACAGAUCCAGCAGGUGGUGUGUAAGAAGCUGACAGACCAUUCAGUCGUUUAUAACAACUUCUGUGACAAGAGGAACAAACCCAAAGAGAAGAGAAGAUUCUGCAACACUGAGCCGUGCUCCCCAAGCUGGUGGACAGGAGAGUGGUCAGAGUGCAGCCGCAGCUGUAAUGGCGGCCUGCAGACACGGGAGGUGUUAUGUAAAAGGAGGAUCUCUGCGACUGAGGAGAAGGUCCUAGACGACUCAGCAUGUUCCUCCCUGCGUCCUUCUCUCACUGAGCCCUGCAGCAACCACAGCUGCCCCCCUGAAUGGCUGGCCCUGGACUGGUCAGAGUGUACGCCCAGUUGUGGUCCUGGCUACAGGCACCGUGUGGUCUUGUGUAAGAGCGGGGAAAGCGGUGACAACCUGCCAGAGUCAAAGUGUCCCAAAUAUGGCCGACCCACCUCCAGGGUGCGCUGUAACCUGCAGCGCUGCCCUCCCCCUCACUGGGUGACGGGUCCCUGGGGAGAAUGUUCUGCCAAGUGUGGUCUGGGUCAGGAGAUGCGUUCGGUGCAGUGUCUGACCCACACCGGCCAGCCGUCCAAUGAGUGUCUGGAACAUCAGCGGCCAGCAGCCAUGCAGCAGUGCAAGAGCAAAUGUGACCUCAGUCUACCCGUCAGUAUAGACAACCCCGAAGAGUGUAAAGAUGUGAACACUGUGGCCUACUGCCCCCUGGUGCUCAGGUUCAAGUUCUGCAGCCGGCCAUAUUUCAGGCAAAUGUGCUGCAAGACCUGCCAGGGACACUGACCUGGACACCAUGAAACUCAACAGCAUCCAUCUUUGGGUCCUGUACACACUCACAGUAAGCCUGAAAACCCUCCCACUGAGCCUUGUAACAGCAGCUCUCACACUACCUCUAUCAGAGGAGUGUGACAUUUAACUGGGAUGCUGUCGGACUGACACGGUCCUGUAACUGUUAAGAGGGACCCUUUUCCAGCAAGAAUCCAGCCCGAACCAGGCGCCUCUCCGGGCCAAGCUGAGUUAUACAUUCCACUGGAGGGAGGGCUGCUGAAACCUGGAGAGACAGAGAGAGUAACAUCCCUGCAUUGUCUUUUAGGAUAAACCCCCUCUCUCUGUCUUUCUAAAUGAUCCCUCUGUUGUAAUAUUUUUGGUGCUACUAUAUUUCACUUUGGCCGCAGGGCUGGUUGCAUUACUCUCUUUAACCUGUAUGUUAACAGGUGAUAUUUGUUUAGUUAUGAAUUUUAAAAAUCCACUUUGUAAAGAAAAUUAUAUUUUCCAGAUAUCUUUGCCCAUGAUAAGGAAUAUGUUAUGCUAUAAAAAAAGAUUUUCUAUGUUAUCUAAUAGUUGUUACUUGACCACAUUGUUUUAUGCCAUUGCUUUGUUCCGUAUAAGUGUAUUCAUCAAGUCUUCGCUGUUAUUCAGCUGAAGUAUGAGCAGAGUUUGAUUUGCACAAUGUGUCAGCAGUCCGAGUACUUUUGUAUUUUAUGUUUGUUUUGAAGUGAUUUGACUUGAUGUCUCUGUGGAAGCUAUAAAAGUCUCACUGCAGUGAACCUGCCAUAGUCUUGCCAUUUUGGUUAGUUUGCUAACCUUUACAGUAAAACACAUGGAGACACUGCCUUAGUAAUGUGAGCAAAGAAUUUUCAGAUUAUAGGAUGUUAUUUUGUGUUGUGGCUGCGGACUGUGGCAGCUUGUGCAUAAAGUCUUCAAAAAGGAACUUUUAACAGCUGAAGGCCUUGCUGUUAUUAAAUGUUUUUUUUGUGGUUUAUUUUUUCCACAUGUUACCACUCAUUCGACAGUGCUAGUAACUUUUACUGUGAGUGGAAAUUCAGAGCACAGUGAGACGCAGUGAAUCAGCUCUGCCAACAGGAACAGGCCCAGUGAGGAGGAGUUAAGACCUCUGACUGCACAGCUUUCAAAGAGCAUUUUAUUAUAGCAGCAGUGCUAAUCUGAGGAUGGAUUUACACACACAUAAAAUGUCUGAUUUCUUUGUGGCACAGAUUUGAUGUAUUCGUGGGCUGUCUGAGACCAAAAUUCAGGGUAUUGUGAAAAGAUUUCUUUCUACAAAUGUUUAUAGAUUAGAGCUAAUUUGAACCUGCAAUGACAUGAAUGAUUUUGUUUAGGGCCUGAUAUGGCAAACUUCACAGUUGCUUAUUUACACAUAAGCAAUUACAGAGCAACAUUAUCAUUCAUCUGGAGUCGCAUUCCUGAUCACAUAAUGAUGUAAGUCCAAUAUUCACUCUUUUUUUUUUAGCUCUGUUCUGGUGUCCACCAACCCCUGAGGCAAAAACCUGGCUUUUUAGCUGCUAAAUCCUCCACUACGUUCACAUGCUUUUUAGCUGAAAAACGUUGCCUGCUGUAGCCAAAAAUGACUCUAUUAGGUCUUUUCCACCAACAUAGAACCGGCUUUUGAACUAUUGGAGCAUUUCGACUAAAAAUAAAUUGGUUCAUAACCUGAAAAGUUGGUUCCCAGUUGGAACCAAAAAUAGCAGGUUUACACAUUGUCACUUGAUUAAUUAUUAUGAAAAUAUUGAUGAUAGCUGCUUUAAUGACUCGUCACUCAAUCACUUGGUGUAUAACUGGGUGCUGAAUUCUCAAAGAAAAGAACCCAAAAUGAUCCGCAUGACAGCACAGCAGCUAAAAGAUUCAUUAAUGGGCAGAUGCUCCCGGUGUGUAUGUUAUUUCCUGUUAAAGACAGUGAUGUGAUUGUGUGAACCAACAGGAGCCGUGUAACCACACCCAAAUUUGUGUAACGGAAGUACUGAUUUUGUUUUUAGAAAACAGUGUCCGCUGUUUCUCCAUCCUGCAGAGAAUACUUUUAGAAACGCUGCCUCAGAGGCUCAGUCAUCACUGUGAUGUCCAUUGUGCUCUGAACUCUGCUGCGGACAGACUCUCACACAUGUUCACACUGAUCACCGCCGAAAGCAGCUCUGUGUAACACUAAAUGUCACAUACUUUAAUUGUAAAGAGAGGAAGCUACAGUGUGUCUUUAUGGGGAUCAGCUGCAAUGUUGUUUUUUCUUGUGGUGCUUUGGUUUGGAUUGGUGCUAUUAGUUCACUGUUGUUGUCAUUGUUUCUGAGUUAUCAUUUCAACAAUUGUUGCUUUUAAUUAUUUAGAACUUAAUUUGAGCCUGUCUGUAAUAAUACCGAUCUGCAGAGCUGGCCUGAGGUGUAAGAGUGCAGCUGCUUAGGGCCCCUCACCCACCAAGGGCCAAACAUGCAUUUUAUCAUAAUUUAAGAUUUUGAUUUACACUCCCUAACUUUGUUUAAGUUGCCAGUAGUGCCUCCAAAACCCCAAAAUGCAGCUCACUGUGCAAAUUUUAGAUUUAUGUCAAAUACUUUCACAGUUUCUGAAGGGGCACUAUACAAGAUAUUGGCAUUUCCAACAAUUAAGAACAAAAAAUAAACUAUUUUGGCGGCAUUAAACAAACAUUUGGGGUUUUGAGAAUACUUUAACACAUUUUUUAAAUUUAAGAAUUUAUUUCUGGGGGCACGUGGCUGCAAAUUCUUGGUUAUCAGAUUGUGCAUAGGGUCUCAAAAAGUCAAAAGGUCUGCUAAUCCAUCCAUGUUGAGCAUAGAAACAUUAUUAUACAGAAUAUUUAAUUAAACAAUUACCUUCAGCUUACGUAUUUCAUCAGAGUGUACAGCAAACUCAUCCCUGCAGUUUAUCAGGACAAAUACCAUUUGUAACAUUUUCAAUUGCACAUACUGUUUAAGAAGAUAUUUCAAAGAAUAAUUGUCUGGGGAUAUUUCCUGUUUCAGUGUCUGAAAGGCAUCUUUCUCUUUCUAUCUACCUGUGCCUAUAAUAAAGGUUCACACUGAGUAGUGAGCCUGUUGUAUCUGAGUAAAUAAUAGGGACCGUACCGGUAAUUGUUGUUUUGUUUUUCACAUGCUAAUUAUAACAUGACAUGUACUGUAUGUUGUUCAAUAAUAUAGAAGAUGAAUCCAUUUGUCCCCUAUGUAAAUCUUUUUAAAAGGAAAUAAUAAACUGAUUAAACAUGG